ACUUAGUGACAUCAAAUGCAGCUUCCUCUUUCUACCAAAUUCUCACGUUGACUGGACUUCAUAAAGCUGUGUGCCAGAUUCCGGACUCUAAUAUCCACUGAGAUCAUCAUGGCAUCAGAGGCGAGUCCAGUCUGUGGUGGUGUUAAGUUGUUUCAUACUGAAUGUGCUGGGAAACACUCGUAUGAAGUGAAAGGUUUUUUAAACCAUAACAAAGGAAUGUUUACACGCACGGGAGAUAAACUCAUAAUGAUAAACAACACAAAGGUGGAGGAUCUGACUCCAACGUCAUUGGCUGAUCUUCUGGUUGAAGGAUCCACCUUACUUACAAUACAUCACCCAUCCAAAAACAAGUCAAAUGAAGAGUGUGAAUCAGAGGAACUCAGUGUCGACAACAAGGAGCGAACAAUCAUGAGUUUCAGCCUGCUAAUGGUGAGAGAUGUGGAGUUGGAGGUAGAUGUGCUACCAGAAUCAGAUUCAGAGUGCGAAGAUGAAAUCGAAGACAAGCUUUUCAGUGACAAAAAUCUGCUGAUUGUCUCCAUGGAAGAUGCGAGCUUCAAUAUGGUUGUAGCUCGAGGUUGUGACCCUGACAACCCUUGCAAUGACUGUGGAAAGACCAAUUGCCAAUUGAAUGAUGUUGUCGUUCUGCCUACAAAUGCUAAAAUUAGCUCUUGUCCUUCAAAGGUUUUGCAUUUCAAAAAAGAAAAUAAUAACUUGUUUUUGAAGAGUUUAUUCAACGAAAAGUAUGUCAGUCCAAAUAAUCGCCAAAUAUGUUUGAAUAGCACCAUGUCAGCACCAAUCACCAUCUACUCUUACCGCGUGAACUCAGUGGACAAUCCAGGUGUUCCUGUUGUGUUGAACUUCACUGGAACACAAAACUUUUUCAGCUGCACCGUGAAGCAAGAUGGAGACACAAAGAUUUUAACCGUCAAGUCUUACAGUAAAAGUGAGCUGAAAAAGAUCUGCGCCGGGGACACAGACAAAUGGUCACUUGUGUUCUACAAGUCUUGUGGACCAGACUGUUUCCAGCGGUUUGAGUCGGCUCUCCACAGAGGGUGGUUUAUCUGCACCAGAAAUAUUGCCAACGAUGAUGUGGAUGUGUACAUGGGCAGAGAUGUUGAGCGUGACAAACCACUCAACACCUUUUUUGUCAUAAUUGAGAGUGAGAAAGCGAUUUGCUAAAAACGUCAUGGUAAUGUAAUGUUUUUGUGCAGUAGAUGUAAAUGUAUGCAUUAAGAGUUAUGAUACUUUCUGUAUGAGCUAUUCUCUAAUUAAUGUCUUAAUUUCAAGAAUACAGACAGAACAAGCUGAUACUAUCGAACAUGAUAAAAAGCCCAGUGCUUCAUUAAAAGUCUGAAUAAAUUAUUUGGAUUGGCAACUAAACGACAGGCAUAUUGGUCAGAUUGGGAUUUGUUGGAGACUAUUCAGAAAUUUAGCUUUAUUUUGUCACUUCUUUCAAUUCAAGCGUGAUAAGGUUGUCUAAAGGAAUUCAGCCUUUUCCAAAGAUGUGUUGUGUUUUACUGCCGGUGCAGUAUUGAGUAGAUAUGAAUCAUACUAUUUACUGUUUUUUAGUUUUUUGUUUUAUUUAACCUUGUUAUAUGCAGUUGUGUUUAAUAUGAGUGUCAUUUUUAUAUUUAGAUUUUAAAUAGUAUUUUUAAGUCAACAUGUGUAUUUUAUUGAAUUGCUAGAGGGUGUCUGCGGGGUCUACAAAUGUCUUAAAUUUCAAAAACAACAUUUUAGGCCUUAAAAGGUUUGAAGUUUACAGAAAUUUUGUGCUGUAGGUCUUAAAUAAUUUUAAACAGGUCUUAAUUUUCCUCUGUCUAUGUAAAGUUACCCAAUCAGGCCAACCAAUCAUAAUCAAUCUCAAUAAAACUUUUAACAAACGUUCAAUAUUUUACUCUAUUUACCUAAAAUAGUGUAAUUAUAUUUUUUUACAAUAACUGUUUUUGAUUUAUUAUAGUUUUUUAACUUGUAAAUAUUUUAACUAAUUUUGCUUGUUUUGACAUAUUUAAAAUAUGUGGUUAUGAAAUAACUCAAAUUAGAAUUGUUUUGAUGAGGGAAGUUCAAAUCUUUUUCGUUGGACAAACCAUGCUAAUAGAAAAAAUCCUUAGCAUUUAGCUCUGUAUAUGUCUGAAAUUUUCUUCACAGUGGUCUUCAAAAGGUCAUAAAACGUCUUAAAUUUCACUUCAAACCUGCAGAAACCUUGUGGUAACUAGUUACUGAAACAUUUGUGAUGUUUUUAUAUUGAAAGGGUACAGUACAGUGUUCAAUUAAUGGUAUCACUUUAUUUUGAUGGUCCCUUUUACGCCUUUUGUAGAAUUUAUGUUACAUUGCAUCAACAUGCCAGCUAAUUCUCAUUAGAAUAUAAGUAGACUGCUAGGUUGGGGUUAGGGAUAGUGUAAGUUGACAUGUACUUGCAAAGUUUCUUAUAGUCAGUUAAAUGUCUGUUAAAGGAGCAGUAUCAGCAGAUAUUAAGCAGACAGUCUGCUAAUACCUAAAUGAGAAUUAAUUGGUAUGUAGUUGCAAUGCAACUUUUAGUCAACAAAAUGUACUAUAGGGACCAUCAAAAUAAAGUCCUACCCAAUUAAUAUAUUGUCAAUUUUUAUUCACAUUCGUCUGUAUAAGCUGUAUAAGGCUUCUAGGAACUUGACUGAGUGUUUUUGUAUCAAAUGUAUCCGUUUUUGUGUGUUUGUAUACCAUUUAUCCCAUGAUAACUUCAA